UGCUGUGGGUUGCCUUUGGCCGGGUGCGUGGAGUCCUGCUCCGGCUGGAUAGAGUGUGUUUGAGCAGGGGCUCCAGAGAAAUCUGGUGUUUGGGGGUGUGACGGCAGAUGGAUAUCAGCUGCAUGCAGAGAAGCUGCCCUUGGUCACUGUGGCUGUCGUGCCAGGCCUUUUCUCCCUGUCAUCUUCCAGGAGCAACUGUAUCCAGGAGGCAGAAGACCAGGAACAGCCCAGCUGGAGUACUAAGCCUCGUCCGCCCAGGGACCCAGAGAUGCCCCACUCCAGCCUGCAUCCGUCCAUUCCACGGCCCCGGGGUCGUGGGGCCCAGAAGGCAGCCUUGUUCCUGCUAGUUGCCUGCCUCGUGGCCCUUUGGGGGCUGGGAGAGCAGCCUGACCACAUUCUCCAAAACCUGGUGCUCCACCUGGCCUCUCUGCAGCUGGGACUGCUGUUGAAGGGGGCGUGCAGUCUGGCCGAGGAGCUGUGCCACAUCCACUCCAGGUACCAAGGCAGCUGCUGGAGAGCCGUGCGGGCCAGCCUGGGCUGUCCCAUCCGCGGCGGCGCCCUGCUGCUCCUGUCCUCCUAUUUCUACUGCUCCCUCCCAAACGAGGUUGGCCUGCCCGUCACCUGGCUGCUGGCCCUGCUGGGCCUCUCACAGGCGCUAAGCAUCCUCCUAAGCCUCCAGGACCUGACCCCAGCUGAGGUCUCUGCAGUCUGUGAACAAAGGAACUUCAAUGUGGCCCACGGCUUGGCAUGGUCCUAUUACAUUGGGUACCUGCGGCUGAUCCUGCCGGGGCUCCAGGCCCGGAUCCAAACCUACAAUCAGCUCCACAACAACGCUCUACGAGGUGCAGGAAGCCGGCGGCUGUACAUUCUCUUCCCAUUGGACUGUGGGGUGCCUGAUGAUCUGAGUGUAGCCGACCCCAACAUUCGCUUCCUGCAUAUGCUGCCCCAGCAGAGCGCUGACCGUGCCGGCAUCAAGGGUCGGGUCUACACCAACAGCGUCUACGAGCUUCUGGAGAAUGGCCAGCCAGCGGGCGCCUGUGUCCUGGAGUAUGCCACCCCCUUGCAGACCCUGUUUGCCAUGUCACAAGAUGGCCGAGCUGGCUUUAGCCGUGAGGAUCGACUUGAGCAGGCCAAACUCUUCUGCCGGAUACUAGAGGAUAUCCUGGCAGAUACCCCCCAGGCACAGGACAACUGCCGCCUCAUCGUCUACCAGGAACCUGCUGAGGGAAGCAGCUUCUCGCUGUCACAGGAAGUUCUCCGGCACAUACGGCAGGAGGAAAAGGAAGAGGUUACUGUGUACAGUUCGGAGACUUCAGUGGUGCCUGGUGCCUCCACACUGUCUCAAGAACCCGAGCUCCUCAUCAGUGGCAUGGAGAUGCCUCUUCCACUCCGCACGGAUGUCUUCUGAGACCCAGGGUCACCUUGCCUGAGCCUGCAGCAAACCCCAAGACUCUGGGUUGAGGAUUUUCUUCAAUGGCUAAAUGUCCAGCAGAGCCAUUUCUUCUGACAGGGGCCUUGCAGAGAAAGGCUGCUGUGGUUUGAACAUGUCCCCCAAAGCUUGUGUGUUGUAGUUACUCUUCUAUGAAACAGUAUUUAAGGGUAGGACCUUCAAGGGAUGGUUGGGGGCCAGUGCCAUGGCCUAGUGGUUAAGGGAGUCAGAUUCCAUAUGGCCAACUGUAUGGUUCAAAGCCCAGCCCUGGUGGCUUGAAGAACAUGCCAGGAGUUUGUGCAUGGGUACCCCAAAUCCCAACAGCAUGGAGAAACAGAGGAUAAGGGAUUGUGCCAUGAAUGCACCCUUUAAUGGAUCUCUUUGAAUCUCUCUUUAAUUUAGGCUGGACAUGCAACCUCUGGCCAAUUUUUUUUUUUUUUUUUUUUUUUGUGGGAGUGGGUUUGUUACAGCAAGAAUGGGGUCUUUUUAAAGGAAAAGUUUGGGGUCCUCUCUCACUCUCUCUCAUCAUGUGAUUCCUUCUUCAUGUUAUGGUGCAGCAAGAAGGCCCUCGUGAGAUGUGGCCUCUUUAUCUUGGACUUUCCAAUCUCCAGAACUGUGAGCCAAAUAAAUCUCUGUUCAUUAUAAAUAUAAAUUACCUAGUCGUUGCAUGGUGUUAGAGCAGCACAACAUAGACUAAGGCCAGUGCCCUGGACUUGACAUUUUGAGCAAGUCGUUUAGUUUAUGUUAGCCUCAGCGUCCUCAUCUAUGAAAUGGAAUUACAUUAUUGCCUUGCUUUCCGUACAAGGACAUUGUCAAGACUGUGAGUGUGUGGAAGCUUUUCUAAAUUCUAAAUAGCAGGUAAACUUAAGGUAUGUGCAGGGUAUCUUUUUUUUUUUUUUUUAAGAGGUUUUUGCUAUAGGGCGCGUGCGCUUGCCA